AUGCCUCCGUUUAAAGGUUCUACUUCGGCCAGGUUUGUAAAGAAUAAAGGUUCGAAUGGUACGACUCUCAAAUCCGAGUACCGUUCAGAUACCAAACGAGAGUAUGAAGUUGAGAAUAUAAGUCCAAUGCUGACUGAUUCAAGUCAACGAUUGGAAAUGGUAACAAAAAUUGAUAAAAUAGAUAGCAUUAUGGGAUUUGAUCGAAUUGAAUCAUCUGAAACCAGUUCCAAUAAGCCUAAAAAGGGAUGGUUGGUCAAUAUGCAUGCCACUACUGUACCAACUGAUGAUUAUCUUGCUGGAUAUUCAGGAGUUGAUUACUAUUUCCUUGAUGAAGAAGGUGGGUCUUUCAAGGCUACCAUUCAAUUCGAUCCAUAUUUCUACUUGGCUUCAGUACCUGGACAUGAGCUGGAAGUCGAAGAAACAAUCAGAAAGUUACUUGAACAAUGUCAUUUGAAAUCCGUUGCAAGACUUAAUAAAGAGGAUUUAUCUCUUCCUAAUCACUUGGUAGGACUUCAAAAAAGUCUUAUUAAACUUACAUUUCAUAAUGUUUCUGAUCUUUUAGCAGCAAGACGUCUUCUUUCCCCCAUUGUAAAAGAUAAUCAAUUAACAAGAGAUUCUAGAGAUAUCUACAUGAAUACAAACUUUAAUGUUGGUGGUAAUACAGUCCAUGAUAGUGAUUAUGGUCAACUUUCAGGAACAUAUAGCAAUAAUGAUCAUAAUUCUAGUAAUUUCCACAACAGCAACAAUAAUGGUAACAACGAGAAUGUUGAUCCACUUACAUUUAUAGACGAUAUUAGAGAAUAUGAUGUACCAUAUCAUGUACGAGUUUCCAUUGACAAGAACAUAAGAGUUGGUAAAUGGUAUAAUGUUUACGUGGCACAACAAGAAACUAGCUUGGAGGAAGAUAAGGAAAAGAUUGCAUUCGCUGACCCUGUUGUUCUUGCUUUCGAUAUCGAGACUACAAAAGCACCAUUGAAAUUUCCUGAUGCAGCCCAUGAUCAAAUUAUGAUGAUUUCGUAUAUGAUUGAUGGUGAAGGUUUUCUUAUCACAAAUAGAAGCAUUGUAUCUCAAGAUAUCGAAGAUUUUGAAUAUACUCCCAAACCAGAAUAUCCUGGUAAUUUCACCAUUUUUAAUGAAGAUGAUGAAAAGGCACUUUUGGAGCGCUUUUUUGAACAUAUAAGAGAUGCUAGACCAACUGUCAUAGCCACUUUUAACGGUGAUUUUUUCGAUUGGCCGUUUGUAGAUAAAAGAACAUCCGUUCAUAAUAUGGAUCUCUUUGAAGAAAUUGGAUUUGCCAAGGACAAUGAGGGUGAGUACAAGUCCAAAUACUGUGUUCAUAUGGAUUGUUAUAGAUGGGUAAAGAGAGAUUCGUAUUUGCCACAAGGUUCGCAAGGUUUGAAAGCCGUUACAACUGCUAAAUUGGGUUAUAAUCCAACUGAAUUGGACCCAGAACUUAUGACACCAUAUGCAUAUGAAAAACCUCAAUUACUUUCAGAAUAUUCGGUUUCUGAUGCUGUGGCGACGUAUUAUUUAUACUACAAGUAUGUUCAUCCAUUUAUCUUUUCCUUGUGUACCAUCAUUCCACUUAACCCAGACGAAGUGUUAAGAAAGGGUACAGGUACUUUGUGUGAAAUGUUACUUAUGGUUCAAGCUUAUGAAAAGGGUAUUUUGUUACCAAACAAACAUUCUGAGCCAAUUGAAAGAUUUUAUGAAGGUCAUCUUUUAGAAUCAGAAACUUACGUAGGGGGACAUGUGGAAUCACUUGAGGCUGGUGUAUUCAGAAGUGAUAUUCCAUGCGAUUUCAAAGUUGACCCAACAGCUAUAGACGAAUUGAUAAAUGAUUUACAUCUGUCAUUGAAAUUUUGUGUUGAAGUUGAAAAUAAUAAAAAAAUGGAAGAUGUUGAAAAUUUUGACGAAGUUUAUAACGAUAUUAAACAACAACUCCUUUUAUUGAGAGAUGCUCCAGUACGUACAGAAGUCCCACUAAUUUAUCACGUUGAUGUGGCAUCCAUGUAUCCAAAUAUCAUGACUUCAAACCGUUUACAACCUGAUUCAAUGAAGACAGAAGAAGAUUGUGCAGCAUGUGAUUUCAAUAGACCACAAAAGAAUUGUGAUCGUAAACUUCCCUGGGCAUGGAGAGGUGAAUUCUUCCCUGCAACUGCUAGUGAUUACAACACUGUGAAAAAUUCCGUUCAUGCAGAAACAUUUCCAUCAAAGAAAGAAGGAGGUCCAAGAAGAAUGUUUGAAGAAUUACCUUAUGCGGAGCAAGCCCAAAUUAUCAAAAAGAGAGUUAGCGAUUAUUCCAAAGCCAAUUACCAUAGAAUUAAGCAAACUAAAACUGUUGAAAGAACAUCUAUUGUUUGUCAAAGAGAAAAUCCUUUUUAUGUAGAUACAGUGAGAUCUUUCAGAGAUCGUCGUUAUGAAUUCAAAACUUUGGCAAAAGUUUGGAAAGGGAAAUCGUCAAAAAUUGCCAAGAGUGAUCCUAUUGGUAAAGAUGAAGCCAAUAAAAUGGUUGUUCUUUAUGAUUCAUUGCAAUUGGCCCAUAAAGUUAUUUUAAACUCGUUUUAUGGGUAUGUUAUGAGAAAAGGUUCUCGUUGGUACUCUAUGGAAAUGGCGGGUAUCACUUGUCUUACAGGGGCUCACAUCAUUCAAAUGGCUAGAAAAUUAGUCGAAAGAAUUGGGAGACCUUUGGAAUUAGAUACGGAUGGUAUUUGGUGUAUUCUUCCAAAAUCAUUCCCCGAAAACUUCCACCUUAAAUGCAAAGAUGGAAAGAAAUUGUUUGUGGAAUAUCCAUGUUCCAUGUUGAAUUAUUUGGUUCAUCAACAAUUUACAAACCAUCAAUAUCAAGAUUUAGUUGAUCCAGAGAACUUUAAGUAUAAAACUAGGUCUGAUAACUCUAUUUUCUUUGAAGUUGAUGGCCCUUAUAAGGCUAUGAUCUUGCCAACUUCCAAGGAAGAAGGUAAAGGUUUGAAAAAGAGAUAUGCUGUUUUCAAUGAUGACGGUACAUUGGCAGAACUUAAAGGUUUUGAAUUGAAAAGAAGAGGUGAAUUACAAUUGAUUAAAAAUUUUCAAUCUGAUAUCUUUAAACUUUUCUUGGAUGGGGACAGUCUAGAAAGUUGUUAUAAAGCAGUUGCCAAUGUUGCAAAUAAUUGGCUUGAUGUUUUGGAUACGAAGGGUGGGAUGCUUGAAGAUGAAGAUUUAAUUGAACUUAUUUGUGAGAAUAGAAGUAUGUCUAAAAGUUUGAAAGAAUAUGGAAAUCAAAAAUCUACUUCAAUUACCACAGCUAGAAGAUUGGGUGAAUUCUUAGGAGAGGAAAUGGUUAAAGAUGCUGGUUUGGCUUGUAAAUAUAUUAUCAGUUCGAGACCAAUUGGUAGUCCAGUUACUGAAAGAGCUAUUCCGGUAUCGAUUUUCUCGUCUGAGAAGAAAAAGCAUUUUUUAAGAAAAUGGCUUAAGGAUCCUAGACUUGAAGACUUUGAUCCUAGAAGUGUUCUUGAUUGGGAUUAUUAUAGACUCCGGUUGUCAUCUGUGGUUCAAAAGAUUAUUUCCAUUCCAGCUGCAUUGCAAGGUGUUAAAAACCCUGUUCCAAGGGUAGAACACCCUGAUUGGUUACGUAAUAGAAUUAAAGUUUUGGAAGACCCUAAGAAGCAGUCUAGCAUUGGGGCAUUCUUCAAGUCAACCACGAAGAAUGAGGCUUUAAAGCAAACUAAAGCCCACAUUAAAGAUAUUGAAGACUUUGGAGAUAUGGAUAUCAGUACUACUGGUCACGCUAAAAUUGCAAAAGUCACUUCAACCAAACGGAAAGGUAAGAGAACUAUUACUCUUACCAAAGCAGAGGCAUUAGAACAAGAAGAAGAAAAUGAAAGACAAAGAGCUAUACUCAAUGGUCCUUGCCCUUCUAUGGAUGAUUAUGUUGCUUUUUUGAAUUAUCAAAAAGCAAAAUGGAAGUUACAACAAGCUAACAAGGAAAGUAGAAGAAAGGUGUUCGGUACAGAUACCAAUUCUUCACAUAGAUCUGCACUUGGUGGUAUGAUCCAAAAGCAUGCAACUUCUCUUGCUGGUUCUAAUUGGGAAGUUUUGCAAUAUAAGCCUGAUCCAAUGAAGCCAGGUGAUAUCAAAGUUUAUGUUCUGGCAAGCGGGAAGGUUCAUACAUUCACAUUUCAAAUUCCAAAGAAGUUUUACGCAAGUUUCAAAACUGAACUAUCACGCGCUUCGAUGAAGAAAUUACCUACUACUUGCCAGAUGGAAACCUCAAAUGCCGUCUUACCAAAUGGACAUGAUGCGUCAAAUUUAUAUAAGUUCGUUAUGCCAGAGUUAACUUUUCAAGAAGAAGUUACUAAUGUCGAGAGCGUGUUACAAAGCUCCAACCUUCUAGGUCUUUAUGAGACUCAGAUUGGAUCCGUCGAGAGAGCAAUUGUCGAAUUGGGUAACUCUGUGAAAUUUGACGAUACAAAGGUUGGAGCUCUUGGUAAAGGUUUACAAAAUGGGUUCCAUUUACGUGAUAUGACCAAAGUGGAUAAUGAAAAUUACUUAAGACGGUUCAAUAUGGAUAUUGUCUACUUGUUACAUCUCGUAACUAACAGCUAUGAAUUUUUUGCAGUUUUCAAAUCGUGGGAAAGUUCGGCAUCUAUAUUCGUCUUGAAACCAUCCUCAAAUGCUCAAGAACUUCCAGGAAAUUUGAAUAAAAUUUACCAAGAAAUAUUCUCUGCAAAGCAAGAAAAGAUUGAAAAACAUUCUGCUAUUAUCAACUACCCUGAAUCUAUGGAAUUUGAAACAACAUACUUCCAAAAUGAUACUAAAUUGUUCAAGAAAUUAAAUAGUUAUAUUUCAAAGGUCCAUGAAGAAAGAAGUAACCAAGCCCUAUUUGCAAUUCAAUCACCUUACACGGAAAAGAUUAUGAACUUUAUCAAUGUUGACUUCCCCACAAUUAAGAUGAAUGUGAGUGAAUUAUCUCUUCCUGCUAUUUCUUGGCAGACAUUGAUCAGUAAAAGAAUAAUCAACCAUUAUUUUGUUUUGGCAUCAUGGGUGAAAAACUUAAUUGCCUUGUCGAAGUAUGGAAAUAUUCCAUUAUGUAACCUUCAAAUUGAGAAUAUGGGUUACUUGAUUGAUAUUGAAUACGCAAGAAGACUUUCUACGAAUAACAUUGUUCUCUGGUGGUCCCCGAAACCAUUACCUGAUCAUGGUGGUUUUGAAAUGGAUCGUGCCCAGGAUUUAGAAAGUUUGGAAUUUCCUACAAUUAACAAUCCAGAUGUGUAUGAAACUGCUUGUUUAGAGGUUGGUAUUGGUACUCUCACCAUCAACACUAUUUUGACAAGUGCUCUUAUAAAUGAAGCUGAGGGGUCUGACUUAGCAGAAGAAAAUGUCGAGUUUGACCAUAAUAAUGGAGCCUCAACAAUUGCCGAAGAUUCUUUUUCAGCUCCAGCCUUAUCUAUUCUUAGAGGAAUGGUAAAAAAUUGGUGGGAUGAUGCAUUGAAAAAUAACAUUAAUGCAGAUUCAAUGAUGAACAGUUUAGUUACCUGGGUGCAACGUAGGGACUCGCAUUUAUACGAUUUUGCAUUGCAUUAUCAUGUUCAUAAUCUUACUACAAAGGCUCUAUUACAGUUAAUUGGAGAGUUUAAACGUAUGAACGCGCUGGUGGUAUUUGCUAGUCGUAACAAGUUGAUUGUACAAACAAGUAAGGUUUCGGUGGAAAAUUCUUAUGCAUAUGGACAAUAUAUCAUCAAGACAGCAAGAAAGAAACCUCUAUUUAGUUUCUUAGAUAUGAGAAUUACUAAAUAUUGGGAUAUCCUUUUGUGGAUGGAUGAAUAUAACUAUGGAGGUAGAUGUUGUUAUGAAAUUACCAAUGAAGAUGUACAAGAUUUGGUACCAGAAAGUAAUUGGCAAAUUAAAAAUUAUCUUCCAGUUCUUUUCCAGGAUGAAUUUGAAGAUUGGUUGAUUAUCUUCUUAGAUGCUCUUACAAACAAUAAAUCUGUUACGAUGUUGGGUGGAAGUACUCAAACUCAAACUCAAAGAGUUACACAGAUCUCUCAUAUUAUUAAGGGCCAAAAAAAAUUGGUUGAACAAGAAGGAGAAAGUCAAGGUACUGAAAAUAUUGAUCAAGGUGUUUUAGAACAGUUUCGUAAGCCACUUAUUAGUCGUAUUGAGAAGCUUUUGCGUCGUCAAAAUGAAUCUAUUCUUAAUCCAGAACUUAGUGCUGAAUAUGAAUUUCCAAAGCUUCCCGGUAGUCACCUCUCGAUGGUUAAUCCUUCUUUGGAAUUAGUCAAAUUCUUAAUUGCAGUAUUUGGAUUAUCUAGAAAGCGAAACAUUGAAGUUCGUGUUUUGCGGAAGGAUUUACUUUCUCUCUUUGAUAUCAAAGAGUUUAGUUCAGAAGGUGUAUUCAGAAACCCUAGUACCUCAUUGAAGGUUCCGCAAGUUGUUUGCGAUUAUUGUAACUACAUUAAAGACAUUGACUUCUGCAGAGAUUCAGAUCAUGACAUUUGGAAUUGUGGAAGUUGUAACAAAAAGUAUAAUCCUGUUGCUAUUGAAGAACAAUUGAUAGCUGAAUAUUGUAAACUUCUUACACGGUUUUACGUCCAAGAUCUCAAAUGUUCCAAAUGUCAGCAAAUCAAGAGUGACAAUCUCAGUCCAUAUUGCCAAUGUUCUGGGAAAUGGAUAGAGACAAUUAGUCUGUCUGAAAUCGAAAAGAAGAAGUCUGUUUUCACAAAUGUUGCUACAGUUUAUAACCUCCUGUUGUUACGAGGCUUAUUGGAAUAG